GGAAGACGGCGUGGAUAGAGAAGAAAUGACAUGAAGUUUUCAUAAAGACGAAUAAACUCGAAGAUACUAUCUUUUUUUUUUACUAGUAUAUGGGUAACAUAAAGAGGAGGAUAACCCAGCCAUAGUUAAAUGUGCUGCUGAAGCCUCCAUAUUGAAAACAAAAACUCUCUUUUUUUAUACUUAAUCCAUUAUCUGCCAGAGAUUGACAUAAGAACCAGGGGGCUGAGACAGGAGAGGAGGCAAAAAAGAUUCCGUCAAGGAACUGAAGAUCUGUGCUUGGCAAUGCCUCAGCCCAGCAUAAGUGCAAUGGACCCUCCCUUUGGGGAUGCCUUUCAAAACUGCUCUUUUGCUGACCAGGCACUGACCAGCACAGACUUGUUGGCCAACAGCUCUGACCCAGACUUCAUGUAUGAACUGGACAGAGAUAUGAUUUGUCGCCAGAGCCCUAGAGGAGACAUUUUCACAGUAGGGGACUGCAAAGACAUGGACAGCAUGGAUCAUCUACCGGAGCUGGCAGAUAACGACCCAGCCUAUAGCUCAAACUUUGAGCAGUGGGACACAUACUGGGAAGACUUGACCAAGUACACUCACCUCACCAGUUGUGAUAUCUGGGGCACCAAGGAAGUAGAUUUCCUGGGCCUUGAUGAUUUCUCCAGCCCUUAUCAGGAUGAGGAGGUGAUAGGACGGACACCCACCCUGGCCCAACUCAACAGUGAGGACUCGCAGCCUGUGUGCGAAACUCUUUACCAUCCAGAUUUGUUGGUGGGUCAAAAGCAGCUUUUGCUUCCACCUCCUAACGUGGCCAAGAAGAGCAACAGAUACACCACCUCCACAACCAGCGCCUCAUUGAGUCCCAACCCUCUGCCGGACUUUGCGGAGGGAUCCCAGAAAGCCACCUGGCCUGUCCCCUCCAGCACUGAUACAAUGGCCAAGGCCCAGUUGCAGGGGACUACCAAAGCCCCACCCGGGCUGAACAACAUGGAUUAUGUACGCAAAGCCAAGGUUCGGAUCAGCGUACCACGCAAACCUUUGUUGGAGAGCUCUAUCCGGAAGAUUAGUGUUUCUGCAAGCUCCCCUUUAGUCCAGGAGAAUGAGUCAACUGCUUCAUUGGUCAGUGAGGACCCAGUCGCCACAACUAACACCACACCUACUGUCAGCCCCCUGGCUUGCGAAAAGAGAGUGGAGACCCCUAAACGAGAGGUACCCGCUGGCCCUGAGGUAGGGUCACUGGGAGCAGUGCCACAUGAAUUACACUUUCCUGCAGCUGCCGGCAGUGAAACCUUGCUCACCGCGAGUGCCCUUGGAGCUGACACUUCUGCCGCUGACAAAAAGAAGGAGGAAGAGCACAACUACUCGUUGUUUUUAACCAGGGCCAGGCUGGCAGCGAAAGCAACUGCUGACAUGGAAGAAGAGGAAGAGGAGGAAGAUGAAGGGGAAGAUGAGGAAGAAGAGGAGGUGGCACUGGACCUUGAUGAUGAAGACCACGAUGAAGGGUUCAGCAGUGAACAUGAGCUCUCCGAAAAUGAUGAGGACGAGGAUGAGGAGGAUGAGGACUAUGAGGGUGACAAAGAAGAUUAUGUUAGCGAUGCAUUCUCCGAGCCAGGAUGUGAUGCUGAUAUGGUUGAAGAUGUCAAAGGCCUUACGCCUGGGAUUUCCAGGAAGCGGGGUAAGCGCCGAUACUUUUGGGAGUACAGCGAGCAGCUCAUCCCAUCCAAACAAGAGCGCAUGCUCAAACCCUCUGAGUGGGAUAGAGACACUCUGCCCAGCAACAUGUACCAAAACAAUGGGCUGCACCAUGGAAAAUACACAUUAAAGAAAUCACGUCGGACGGAUGUGGAAGAUCUUACUCCAAACCCACGAAAGCUGCUCCAGAUUGGCAAUGAACUUCGGAAGCUCAAUAAAGUCAUCAGUGACCUGACUCCUGUAAGUGAGCUGCCAUUAACUGCUCGUCCUCGCUCUCGAAAGGAGAAGAACAAGCUUGCAUCCAGGGCCUGCAGACUGAAGAAGAAAGCUCAGUAUGAGGCCAACAAAGUCAAGUUAUGGGGACUUGGCACUGAAUACGAUCGUCUGCUGUUUGUGAUCAAUGCAAUCAAAGAGGAAAUAGUCAGCAGAGUUCAAGUUAUCUCACAUGACAAAGAAACAAGCAUGACUGAGAAUCUGGACAAACUUAUUGAGGAAACCCUAGUGCAGCCACCAGUGGCUGGCCAGACUUCAGACUUCGUGAAUCAGAUCCUGGAGAACACUGGCAAAGGGGAUCCCACCGGAGGACUGGUGGGGUUGCGUGUGCCCACAUCGAAGGUGUAGAGCCAAGCCGGCAGGCACCUUGGAGCACACACACAGCCAUUCGCGCCAUUCUUGUCCCACACUGUAACGGCCCAACUCUCUGCAUGUCCAUUUCACUUGGAGACGAAUCCUCACAUGUAAAGUGAAUACAUGCAUACGAUACCCGCUCGAUUGUGCAUACGUAUGUAUAUAUUCACCUCUUGGAAUGGAAAUGAAACUAGUAGUUAACCUUUGCACUCAGUAGUCUGUUUCCUAUCAUGUGUGCAUGUGGCUGGUAUCUCCAUCAACAGGCCGACAUGUUGCAAAUUUAAAAGCCAAUAUACCACAUACCUCCUUAAAAUGAGAGAGAAAACAAGCAAAAAGAUGAGCACCAGUUCUUGCUGUAGCCCUUUUCCCCUUGCGGUCAGCUAAAUUUGUCAAUUUCCCUUAAAAGGGGUAAUUCGCCCAUCAGUUGAGUGAACUAUCACUUUUAGGGUUGUAAAAAGCAGAGGCGAACUCUGCAAACAAACUACGGAGGUAUUCAGUCCGUAAAAGGUGUAAAUGCAGUCAAAAAGGUGUAAAUGCAGACUUUGAGUUGUUGAAUGCAGCAUAUGCGAUUUCACCCUAGUUUGGCCUAGUUUUUACACGUAUUAAAUUCUCAACCGAGGACAGAAGAGUCCAGGUGGAAUUCCUGUUAGGCUUUGCUUUUCCUGCUGUUGUAGAAAUUUUGAGGAUCAAUCUAAAUAUACCUUUACUCACCAACCACAACUAUUGCAAGGCAAAUACAGAAUCACACGAAUAUCAAUGUUUAACUGAGAACAGCUCGUAUUUACUGAUGUUCAGUUUAUAUAAGUAGGUCAAGGAUGCGUCAAGAGAGUACUAGGUGCGGAAAUGGGCCUUGGGUGCCUUUUCCAUAGUCUUUUGAUUGUCCAAGGGCGGAGAGAGAAAGAGAGAGAGCUUUUUCUGUUUUCUAUGACUUGAGCAGAUGGUCAGUUCAAUACCAUAUUGUAAAUAGACAGAAUUGUGGUUAUUAUCCACUGAUGAAACCAUAAGAAACCUUUUCCUUUAUAAGCUUGGUUGAAGUGCCCUCACAUCAAAUCACCCUUGAUGUUGUUUAGCAAAUUCUCAGUGGAAGGGGCUUAAAAGUUGAUUCCCAGAUUGGGUUCUGUUUAUAUUUGUACUUUAUAAAAGUAAGAUUCAUUGUGCCUUGUUAUUGUGGAGUUAAUAAAACUCAUUAGAGAGCUAAAGGACCAUUUGCAGAAGGCAAGACGUCGAGUCAUUGCAGGGGAAUGUCGCACUUGGGGGUUUGUAAUGUAUUUCAGCUCUUUUAAGAUACUCUGAAUGUACAUAGGAACAUGAAAAAUAUAGAUGUAUGCCACAGAGUCUGAUUUGUAUCACAAGAUGGCUCUAAAAAAUAUUUACUUUGGUUUUUUGGUACUUCGUUUAAGAUGGGACGGGGUUGGCUGUGUCGUAAUAUAAGAAAUAUUCACAUGUAAAAUAUGAAAAAAAAGAAAGAAACAAGAUUUGCACACUAUAUUUUGAUUGUUUUGUUUUUGUACCAAAGACACAUGCAACUUUAAAAUGGCAACUAGCCAGUCUAAGUAAGGUUUUGCACAGCUUACCUGACACCGUAUUGAAUGUAGGACAAAUGGUAGGGUCAGGAAUUUUUACCCAACUGUGAAAUUUGCUUGGGUCCAAUUCUCUACAGAAAGAAGCAUUAAUUUGCAUCCUUGUAGAAUUUUGUACUGUUCUUAUGUUCUCAAAUAUCUUGCUUUGAAAAAAAUGGUACCUAGUUAGUUCUGGCAGUUCAGUUUCCCCUCCCUUGAAGAAAGAAAAUUAGCUAUAAAGUUAAAGGAGAUGCUAAUAUUUUUCAUUUUAUGAUCAGAAAAACAAAAGGUUACAUUCUUUAAAUAGUUCGAUUUGUUGAGGAGAAUGAAUAUACAAAAACGAUGCAAAAUUAAGUCCUUGUCUUUUUUCUAGUUUGUACACACACUAAUUCACGCACAGAAUAUUAAGAUAUGCCACGUUUUUGAAAACAAAUUCUCAGCAUAAAAUAUUUCUAUGCUGUAUCUUCUUACUCUUGGGUAUUCUUGAAAAAAUUGAAAGAGAAAAGGAUAAUUCCAUAUAUUUUUGUAGAGAUUGCCUUUAUCUUUCCAUACUGCGUUGCCCGUACAAAUAAAACAUUUUUUUUAGAUCACUUACCCUGAAACGAAAAAUCUUUGUUGAUUAAUGAGGCAUUGUCAGUUAAAAUUCUCAUCCAAAAAAAAUUUAAUAUGAAAAUUAAAUACAGUUAUAACCCCAAACUGCAAAGUAAGUGGGGUGUUACUGUCCCGGGUCACAAGAGUAAACAUCUGGAAGGGAUAGCUUUACCUUACCAACAGAUUUUCUGGCUGUUGCUGCUUUGUUCUAAAAAAAUCUCCUCCUGGUACAAUUGUAUAGUUUGCUAAAGGCGUGUUAAAGUGACUUUAUUCUUGAUCUGGAAGUUUGUUGUUUCAAUAUCAUCUUUGAUCAAAGAAGGGAGGACAUUAUUUGCUUUAACAUCAAAAGAGUUUUGUAAAGAUAUUUUUUCUUUAUUUGCUUUUGGUAGCGUAGUAAACAUUCUAUAUACCGUCCAAUGUGUUUUAUUCGGUUUUUUUGUUUGUCUGUAGAUAGAAAUUAUUUUAGAUUUAUUCUAAAUGUUGAAUAUAUAUAUGUAUAUGUAUAUGUAUACGUGUGUGUGUGUAUAUAUAUAUAUAUAUAUAUAUAUAUAUAUAUAUAUAUAUAUAUGUAUAUAUGUAUAUAUGUAUAGUAAGUUCUAUAUUACAUGGAAGAAUGCAUAAGCACUUUGUCUAGACUAAAAGAAAAAACAAAACAAAAAAGCUUUUUUUCCCCACUUCCAGUUGCUGCUUAACCGACCUCGUUUGAAUGCUGCGAUGUGUACUUGACUUUUACUAUCUUGACCAGGGCAGUGUGACAGAGAGGUGUUGAAUGGAGACAGACUGUGUCUCAAUGAGUAGUGAGGACUCUGACGUUACAAUCUUCAUUUGCCUUCAGUAGACACUUCCUAUGGAAAAAUACAAAUUCUGCUUUGGAUUUUUCUUCAGGUCGAUGUACAGUGUUGACACAUUCUCUCUGGCCAGAGAUGGGUAUUGUUGUUAUUGAUUUUUUUUAAAUAAUUUUUUACUUACUGGGGUAAAUCUGAGGUAUUUGAGACAGUAACUCAGAGAAAAAGAAAAUAUAUAGCUAUAUCGAUGUACUGUAAGGCAGUUCCAUUUGCCAUGGGGAAUCAAUUGGACUGAGGUUUUCUUUUGAAUUUUGAAUUUUAGUUCUGUUUUUGUAAAACCCAUCCAUUCUCAAAAGACAGAAAAGCUACAAAGCCAUUCGUUGUGGUGGCAAAGACUGGCCUUUCUUGUGCCAUCUACAGCUUUCAAAUCAUUUUGUUAUGGAAUUAGCCUAAAGUGACAAUUGUUCUGUACAAUAACUUGAUGGCAAGUAACAAUGAGCAUAUAGAGAUGGAAAUGCAUGUUGUCCUUCUGUUGGCGGCCUGCUGUAUUGAGAGCUUUUAUUAGAUAUUGUAGUAUGCUGUUGCAAGCUCUCACAUUCAACAUGGUAGUGAGCUGUGCGAUGUAGUGUUUUAACCAGGGGACUCUGUGGCAUUCAAGCAGUUAAGGAAAAGGUUGCUAUUUAAAGCCAGUAUUUUUAUCGUAUUUUGUUUUCUUUUUCUGCUGCUUCUGUUUUAUAUAAAGAGAUAUUUUAAAAAAACACAUGCACACACACACACACACACACGCACAUGCCUAAACAUUUAUAAAAGUGUGUUUGUUUAGCUAAAUAUAGCUUUAUUUAACAUUAACAUGCAUAAUAGGCUCUCAAAAUCACAGCGUAAUCUGACAUAAAAUGCAUAUUCCAUAAUUUUGUAUCAUAUUACUUUUUUCAAAGGGAAAUAAUGUAGCUUUGUGUUUUUAAAAUAUUUGCGUGGUCUUUUGGUUUAAUUAUUACACUUACAUUUUCUUAUUAUGCGCAUUAUUAUUUAGAGAUACCCAAACCAUGAUAUGCUGUUUCUCUCAAAAUACAUCAAAUGUAUUCUGAAAAAAAGUGUAAGCUAGCUAUUAAAUCCAUUUUUGAUUUGAUUUAUUGUCUGCAUAUUGUUGAUAAUUCAAUAGUUUUGGACGCAAAGCUGCUAAAUAUUUGUAAUAUUGUAUAGAGAAUCAGAUACCAUUCCCUGUUACUUUUAGCAUAUGCAUAUACCAUUCACAAGCUACAAGCAACAUUUAUUUAAAUAAUAUUUAUCAAGAGAUGCCACAAUCUUUAUACCGCAAAUUCAUCCAAUACAUUUGGAUCUCAAUGAGUAACUUGCCUUCAAUUUGUCCAAAAAUGGCUACAGUAUAUAUUCAAGAGGAGUCAAACAAGCAUUUACACCUUUCCUUGUCAGUUAUAUGGUUCAAGUAUGCCUGUUUGUGUAGAUAUGUGUUUGAUGUAUAUAAGAAAGAUUAAUCUUAUUGGUGCACUAUGCAGGUUUUACUCUGUAGUAUGAAAGGAUGUUGCUUUAGUUUACAGCACUUCUAUUUUUUUUAACAAUUGUACCUGAUUGAUGGUUAUUGGACAAGUGGAUUUUAAAAUUGGUUCUUAUUGAUGGUCAUAUACAACAUGGUGACUAAGCUGAGAAAUCAUUAGAUUUUUUGAUAAGCAUUUCACGGAAGGCGGCCUGUCUUAUUGUUGCUAAAUAAACAUGCUCUUUCCAAUGUAUGUAACCUAUUGAAUGUUGUAUUUUGGUUUCUGUUUUGGUUUCCUUUUUGUCUCGAUGUUUAAUGGACCUUUACGAAGCAUUCUACCACUCUGUGCAUUUUGUUACUCUGUAUCUUGUGUAAUUGUUUAAACUUGAUUGUUCUUUGAAAGUAGAUUCACAUACAGACUGCAGUUUGACCAUCAGAAACUGUCACGCUUGCAUAAUGAUGAUUUUAGGUUAAAGUAAAACAUGCAUUCCUUCAUACCAUGACUCUAAAUGUACCUUUUUGCUUCUAAAUGUUCCAUUAACACAUCUGUAUGCUGUUGUCAUCCCUUUUGAUAGUAAUAUUUGAAACCAUUGUUGCAGCACCAUGGAGUUUGCAUAUACAUGGCAUGAUUUUCAUGCAUGUUAAACCUUGCUAAAUUGGUACUGUAAAGAGCAACUGACUAUUCAUGGAGCUUUUGCGGUGGACUUUGAGGCAGAAGAAGUCUUUGAACCAAUGAGCACAAAGGGGAAAAGAAGUGUUUUAUAUGUGUCGCACAUACUUUGAUGUAAUCUCCAUUACACUCUGUUCCACUUGCAAGUACAAAAAGCUGAAAUGACCCGCAUUGCACUUGGUUUUAGAAAAAAAAAAAAUAUUUUUUCCAAAGUUAUUUUUUAAACAAUGCCUGCAGAAUCAGGUGCCUUAUUCAAACAUGAAAAUCCAAACUUGACCUAUUGACCUUUUUUAUUGCAAAGAGAUUUUCGCCCAAUAUGCCAAGAAUUAAAACACGAGUUUCCCCCUUUUUUCUUUUUUUGUUGUUGUUGCUGUGUUGUGCAGUGAGCUUGCUUCAGGAGAAAACUGUUGCUGCUUUGCCCUCCUACAGUUUUCAGUGAAUGUAGUCUUCCUUCAGUGGAGUUCAGUAUGAUUAAACAAGUCAACACAUUGAGACAAUGUCCCAUACAUUUUGGUUGAAAGACUAUCCAAAGAGUGCUGCAAUCAUAGACUCAUUUUUAAAAUGUUUAUAUCAUCAAUAUCUAUAUGUAUUUCAAGCGUUUUCUUUUUGUCUCGAGAUUUCAUUUGUAUUUAUGCUCAAAACAGUAAGUUCUUGCACAA